ACAUGCUGUGUUUUGUAGGAGAAACCAUUUCGCUACCACGUGAGAAGACCGGAACGAAAAGAAAACGUUCCUUCCUACAGCUACUGAUGCCAAUUUCCAUCUCCCGUUCUAGCGAUGUGUGGAAAUCCUGAAAUAUUGGAGAACUUGGUUAGAAAAAUGUCCGAUCUGUUCAAAACCAAAAAUAAUAAUCAAAAGACGUACCAGAACAAUCCAUGUUUUGGAGCCUUGAACCUCUGUAUCGGCCCCAGGAAGAGUUUUAUGGAAAAGAAUUGAUUUUGGCUGACCGAGAAAUGGUGGAACAAGAAGCAGACAGCAUUUUGAAAGAAGCGGAUGUUUGCGAUGUCGCAUUUCUUGUUGUUGGUGAUCCUUUUGGGGCCACGACGCACAGUGAUUUAGUACUACGUGCAGUGAAGUUGGGGAUUCCAUACAAGGUCAUUCAUAAUGCUUCAAUAAUGAAUGCAGUGGGCUGCUGUGGAUUACAGCUGUACAAUUUUGGAGAGACGGUUUCUAUAGUUUUCUGGACAGAUACGUGGAAGCCAGAGAGCUUUUUUGACAAGAUCGAGAGGAACAGGCAGAAUGGAAUGCACACACUGUGCUUACUUGAUAUUAAAGUGAAGGAGCAGUCUCUGGAGAACCUCAUGAAAGGAAGGAAGAUUUACGAGCCCCCACGCUACAUGAGCGUGAAUCAAGCUGCGGAACAGCUUCUUGCCAUUAUUGCAAGCAGGAGGCUCCAGGGAGCAGAGCCAGAAAUUACUGAAAGCACGAUUUGUGUUGGCCUCGCACGCGUGGGCGCUCCGGACCAGAAGAUUGCUUCAGGCCCGCUGUCUGAGAUGGCCACAGUGGAAUUGGGCGGGCCGCUGCACUCGUUGAUUGUGACGGGCACUACCCAUCCUCUGGAAUUAGAAAUGCUUAAGCUUUUUUCUGUAGAUAGCUCCAGUUUUCAAAACAACGCAUUUCAAAGCACCACCUAAAUAAAAAUGAGGCAUUUACAUUUUUAUUCCCGCUUUGAUUUCGUGACAGCAGACAGUUACUGCUGUGAACAUUCAGAGCUUGCUAGCUGAGCGCAGUUAGACUGUCUGUUGCUUCGGAAGACCACGCCGUAGGAACCUGCACCGCAAGCGGACCUGCUGGUGUCAGCUUCUGCCUCACAGACGCCUCUGGAAGCCCUGACACCUUAAACCUCCUUUGAUUCGGUCGGGGGCUGACGGCUGGGGUAAGAAGUGCCAGCGGAGGAGGGCAGAAGUACCGCGUGCCUGCCUGGCACGGCUUUUGCUGUAGCCAAGCCUGCUGCGUACGUGGUUGUCAGUGCGUUUCAGAUGUUAAAUUUUGCUUUUCAGCUUUCCAGAGCUUUAGUACAUCUCUCACCAACAGAAACCGUUCGCAUGCACAACCUGCUCGGGCUGCAGCCAGCGUCACGCUUGGGCGAGUGAAUACAGCCAGGUGAGAAGGUUCUUUGUGUCUAAACCAAGAAAAACAAGAACUCGACCCUUGGUCAGUUGGUGAAACGGAGAGAAGCUGCACAGAAGUUUCUUAUUUCAGAAGGUUGCAACUUAAAAUACACCUGGAUUUCUUCAUUUGUGAAGUGCUGGGCUCAGACAGCAGCAAGCGCAGUUAACCUCAGGCCGAUUCUCAGGAAGCAGACUGCAAGGACUGUCUUUAAAAAUCAGCUAAUGGAGGAUGGCGGCUGCUAUUUCAACGAGGCUUCGCAGUACCUGUGACAACAAAGCAGACCUGUAUGCGUAGUUUUUUUAAUUUGAAGAUUUAUUGGAAAGAAAUUUGAUCCCGUAUCUUUUCAGCAAUAUAGAAUAUUUAACAUUUUAUAUAGACUGUAUUCAAGUAGAAAAGAUUACAUUAAAAAUUUCUAAUAUUGCACUUGGGACAAGUCAUGGCUAAGCUACUAACAUGAGCAUUCCAGAGCAAAGUCACACAAGGUCGUCGGAAUUUCAGUGAGCUGCCUCCUGGUAUCACUGAGAUUUCUUCACAGGUGUUUGAAAUGCUGCACUGGUCAGCUCAAGCUCACGGCCAAGAGUAAUUCCUGUAAUCUAAAGGCAAAGGCAAGCGAUACGCUGAGUGCAAGCUGCGGGCUGUACGCUACCGGGAAUGAUUUUGGCAAUUUCUUCAUUCACAGUAUUUCACACCUCGGCCAAAACACCGUAGCGUUUCAUUUAACUCUGGUACAAGAUCCCAGCACGCACACGAAAAGACUUCAACAGGCGUGGGAAGCGAAAUCCCCAACUCCUUUUACGCGUUAUUUCCAGGUUCCUGGCUCACAGAAGCAGCCGCGCAGCUGAGCCGGCACGCGCGCACCGCGAGGCCGCGCGCCAGGCAGGGCAGAGGCGUAGCUGGGGCUUUUCACACCGCAGCAGCCGCUGGCCAGUGAAGUCCCAGCGGGGAUGGUCACCGCAACAGAGCCCCAACGGGGGAGAAAUCCAAGAGGGAAUGAAUCCCGGCAGGCUGCAGGCAGGGGCUUCACAGAAGUGUAAAGGAGGAACUGACCACCGAGUCAGUGUGAGGGGUCAGAGACACAGAUUAUAAUGGGGAAAAAAUAAAAAAAAAAAAAAAAGACAAUCCCUCUCUACUCAUUCCCAAACAUGCUCAGAAGGGGUGGGAGAAUUGGGAUCACAGCAAGUGGCCGUCUGAUGGCUGCUGGGGAAAAGGGGACCAGGCUUAUUUAAUGAGUAACUACGGCUGUUGCUCUGAACUGGUACUUAAAGCCGUUGGUACAGGAGCAUUGAUUAGGAUUUGCAUUUAUAGAAGUUUGAAGGUUUCUGCGGCUGAAAUCUGCACUGAGGAAAGCCGUGAACUUCACAAUUUGAUUGCACAGGGGCACAAAGGGUGGAAAACUGCCCUUCAAGAGCAGCUUCUCUCCCCUCCUGUAUCGUGCUGACAUUCCCAAACCAGACCCACUCACAGCAGUUAAGGAGAGAUCCCCUUGCUUCCCUUCGCCUUCAAACCUGGCUGCUCUUCUUCAGAAAAAAAAUGAAGAACGUUAAGAAUUGCUCAGGUCCACUUGAUUAGCAGCAGCAGUUUCAAUUUUUAUGUAAAAAUAGCGUCAGCAGCUCUUACUAAUGAUGCAGUUGAAGUUUUGCUGUAGUAAGCAGUAUUACAUAAAAAGCAGAGUCACGUAUUUGGAGCAGCACUUUCUGCCCUGGUUUAGCGAAUCGCAGGAGCGGGCUGGCUCGCUGCAGCGAGGAGAGGAAGGAGCCCACCCGUGGGCACGACCCGGGAGCGGCCCCCAGGGGAGCAGCUUCACUGCCCACCCUGGAGAGGCCUCCUCUCCCGCGGUUCCUGGCCGUGGCAGGCAGCUGGGGCGCUCGGGUGCAGGCACGCUGUAGCACUUGGGUUAUCUUCUUAUUUUGCUGUAGGUCCUGUAAAAACCCUGCAGUUUGCAGGCUCGGUCUUUGGGACGGUGUGGUUCUAAGUUACUGUUUUCAGUCACAGAAAACAACCCCACAGCAAGCUUCGGCUACAUGAAAACAUGAGGAAAAAACCCCCCCAAAAAAUCGCACUCUGAAGACUUGGUUCAAAACUGAGUGCUGGAGAGCAGGAAGCUGAGUUUUAGCAGACGCUCUGCAGACGUUCACCCAUCUCUCACAAAUCUGUGUUUAAAUGCUGCAAUGCAUCGCCAGUGAAGUGUUGGAAGCAAAGUGCUGUGUAAUAAGCUAGGCGUUGGUAAUCGGCAAAACACAAAAUCAUGGUGCUUUGGCCCUCAGGGUCAGAAAAGCUGCACCGUCAGUUGCGCGAUUUGCACGCUCCUAAAGCCAGAGCCAGCACCCCCUUAGUAGGGAGGAAAAAUAAAUCAGAUGUCACUCAUUUCCUGACACACUAGAUGUGACUGUGGGUACCUGCUGGACACAGACACGUCGUCUACCUCCUUCUGUAAAUUUUGUGAUGCUUAUCCUUUUUCAGAAAGCCUAAAAAGGCUUGGCGUCUACUUUGAAUCUGACUUCCCUACGCUAUCUGCAGUUAUAUUUAACAAACGGUACAUUUCUUACUUUAAAAACAUCCACUUGUCCUUAGAAAUGACAAAGUGCUACCUCAGAAAACUCAGACUUGUACAGAUGCUUCCAGCAGCCAGAUAAAUCCUUCCAAGCAACAAAAAAGAUGUCAAAAAAUUGUUAAAAUAAGUAUCAUAAAAUAGAAUUAUAACCAGCUUACAGGAUUUUCCACUCAAUUUCCCAUAUUUAAAAAGCUUGUAGGUAUAAAUCUUAAAAAGACCCCCACAACCAACAAACUCAAGGGCCACUGGGGCAGAUUCCCACUUGGCAACAACUUGUAGUUGUCGUUUCAAGAAGAAAAACUGAAAUAGUGGCCAAGCCCGGCACCCUGGGCAGCACCACGGUACUUCAGCAAGUCCAGGAAUACUCAGUCCCAAAAGACGCUCACGUGAAAGCGAUACAAGCCAAAGCCUGCUCUUGGAUCGUGACCCAACUGCAGUGAUGUUGGCUGGGGCUUGCCUUUAGAAGUGGAAUCUAGCCUCAAAUAGUAGCAAUAUUAACUAUUUAAAAAAAAAAAAUCAAAACAAAAAAAUCAAGAAAUCGUGCUGUCAACCACCAAGAAGCAGUCUAUAGGCAACUACAAAGCAGGGUGAGGGGUCUCCGCCCUAUUAUCCCAAUCGUAAUUUAAUUACCUUUUCUGUGACCAUAUAUACAAUCGGUAUCUUAAACUGCAAUCCCCAAAUCUGCUCUGCAGAUGUUUGCGCUCUACCCUGCGCCCCGUAACUUCCAGACCCCGUCCCCCAGCCAAACUCCCGGCCCGGCCGAGCUCUGGGAGGGAGCCCGAGGGGAGCAGAAGGGGGCAUGCUGCACCUCCAUCCCCCGGAGACGCGAACAGGGUCAGAAACCAGCCACAGGGGUAAGGGAGGGCCUGAAGAUGGGAGGAGACUGGGAAGCCUAAAAGCAGUCUGUACGUGGCUUUUGGCUGCUGUUCUUCUUUAUGCCCAGUUUUCAGUUCCCAGCACGAGAGUACGCCCCCAAGCUUUGUACAAAAUCAGCGUUGGUGGGUCAGUAUCUCCUCUGGAAAGGUCAGGAACCAGCUAUUAAUUCGGCAAGCAUCGUGUUUUCACAAGAAAAGAGAUCAAAAUUCAGGCGCUGCAAUAGGAACGACAGAACGAUUGCAACAAACUCUUCAUCUCUGUCAUGAAUUCGGCAACAUCAGCGGCAAACAAACCAUUUCUGCAAAUGAAUCUUCGGUACUUCCACAGUGCCGAGCACUUAGACAGACAUCGUGGGCUUCGGAGGGCCUCGAUUUCAGCACUGCCACACAUCAGGUACCAGAAGGAUAUUUAAAAUCCGUACCAGUCAGUAGUGGCUACAAUUUAUCAGAGAAACGCCUCUCUUGUGUUUUGCUCCACAAUAUUCUGUUUGAAAAACGCCCUCUUAUAAACCCUUCCAUUCCAAAGUUACCUCCUACAGCACAGAGGAAUCCUCGUCUGUGGUAGUGCAGCAGAUUGUCUUUGAAAACAACGCUCAGAUCUGAAAGCCUAAAGUGAUUAUAAAUGCUAGAAAGAUACGACAGACUAAUGGUUCUGAGGGA